AUGAGGCAACGAAGGUGGAUGGAGUUCCUGAAGGAUUAUGAUUUCGAACUGCUGUAUCACCCAGGGAAAGCAAAUGUGGUAGUAGAUGCCUUGAGUAGGAAGACUGUACAUGCGGCACAUCUCAUGAUAAAGGAGGUGGAACUGCUGGAAAAGUUCAGAGACAUGAAGCUACAGUUGUUGGAUGCUAGUCUGAAAAGAAUCAGACAACAACUUGGGUCAGAUGAGACUAGAGAUUUCGCUUUGGAUAAUGAUGACAUCUUGCGAUUCCAGGGUAGGAUUUGUGUGCCAAAUGAUGCUGAGAGACCCGGUGGGAAUCUACAAUCCUUGGAGAUACCAGUAUGGAAAUGGGACAACAUCUCCAUGGACUUUGUGACCCAUCUACCAUGGACUUUUAGGGGGCAUGAUACAAUGUGGGUUAUAGUGGAUCGCCUGACCAAGAGUGCUCAUUUCUUGGUGAUGAAUUUGAGAAUGCCUAUGGCCAAGUUGGCUCAGCUGUACAUUAGGGAGAUAGUGAGGUUACAUGGGGUACCGUCAAGUAUUGUGUCAGACAGAGACCCGCGGUUCACGUCUUGGUUUUGGCAGACGCUACAAAGUGCUAUGGCGAGAUGA